AUGGAAAAUACACGUCGGAAGGAGCCCCCUUUGUGGCUUAACCCCGCCGUGCACGUGUGGAUUACGAAAAAUGAUAUUCCUGUCGUGAAUCUUCGCGAUAUUUCCGAAAAGUUGCGCCUGCCCCGCUCUGCUUUUCGUGCGGAUGAGGCUCCACAAACCCCUGAUGAGGAGAGUUGCCCGGCUGAAAGCGCAAGCAGUAAUGGAGAAAAAACGCCGGAGCCAACCAAAACUGAAUCUCUUAAUGCGCUGCUGGGCAUUGCGCAGCGUCGCUCUGAGAAACAAACCACACCACCAACCCAGCUUCUUGCGGUUCCCAGUAAUCCUCCUGCCAGUGGAGGAAGUGGUGCGUCUAAAGAGCCUGAAACCAAAGCACCAUCAUUUCCCAAAACGCAGCCUGCGGCCGCUAUGGAUGUUGAAUUUGUUCAGGGCGUUAAUUUACCGGGAGAGAAAAAUACGGUUACACCUGUUCAACCUCAGCCAGAUGGUGUACAGAGUGUUGCGCUGUUUCACGAUCCCGUUUGGGGAGAGGUUGGAUCAUCCUACGAUAUAGACUGCCUUGCACCAAGAGAAGAGGAAAAAAUUGAUGUUCUUUCUAGCCUGAAAUUUGGAAUUCUUUCGGAGAACGUAAACAAAAAUGAACUCUCCACGACUGGCACCGCAACAACAACUACGGCAACUCCACCGGCUUUUACGGCGUCUAACCCAAUGAGCGAAAUGAUGUAUCAACCCCCUCCGCAUCCUCCUGCUAUGACGUCAUCCCCACAACAGAUAGCCUACCCACAGGGUAUUAGCUUGGGCGCUUCGGGAUGGACGACGGCUCCACCUCCUGGGCAUGGUGUGGCGGUUCAUCCCUUGCAGUUUGUUGGUUUACCCUUUCCAUUUAUGUCUCAGGCUGCGGUCAUGGCUGUACCACAGCCAUACCGUGUGCCGUACCAAUUUUAUCAGAUGCAUCCUCAGGUCCCUCCGCUUGCUCCAGUACCGCCUCAGGCUGGGGCGUACCAAACUUCUCCGAACCCUGAUCUAUAUCAGAUAGCAGCACAAAAAAUUGCAAAUCAACAGAGUUCCUCACCCCGACCCGGGACAAACGUUGGAGCUGCCCCUUUCAUUCCUGGAGGAAAAAGCGUCUGA